AUGUCCGGUAAAGAUAUCUUGGUUUCGUCAACGGCUUAUUUGUCAGUCAUAGACAAUGCAAACAAUGUAUUCACCUCAAUUAUUGACGUGUUACAAGGUGGAGGAGUUUACAUCACCAAUUCUCCAUCAUUUCUUACACAACUCCUGAUCUCUUCUAGUGGAUACAAUGCCGUCAUUUCCAAUAAAGGAUUGAUUUCAUUCAAUGCAGCCCGAUCACCUACGGUUCCAAACAUCAAUAUUCAGGGUUACAAUUUCAGAAAUGCGGGUGAGUUUUAUGUUGCAGUUGAUAGCUAUAACAGCGGUAAACUAUACCUUGCAAGUGAAAGUUGGGUCAAUUCAGGAAUGCUAGUUGUUUAUUUAAAUACAUAUUCACUGUGGGGACCAAUCUUGGGUAAAUAUUCAAUCACCAAUACUGGUUCAUUGUGCUUUUACAAUACCAUGUAUGCUGUUUCAACAGACAUUGUGGGAUCUGGGUGCAUUGUUGCCAAGACUGGCUCAAAUAUUUUGAUUGGAAAUGUCCAAGUUGAUGCUGCGCAAAUUAUCUACUUGACUGACCCGCUGAAUACUCUUACAGUGAGUUCAUUUGAUCGCUCUACUAUUAUUGUCGUUGGCUUUGGUAAUGGCAACACAAUUGCAUUUGGUCUCUCUGUUUUGGUUUCAAGCGUCGAUUACGAUCCAGACUCGGGUAUUCUCACUUUGCAUGGCCAACAGUACAACAACCCUGUAUCGCAAAAAUUUAACAUUGGAACAGGGUAUAUAUCAGACAUGUUCACCUACAGUGGAAGUAAUGUCCAAUACAGCGGGGAUGUGGUGAACAAUGUUGUGCCUGACUUUUGUAUUUGUAAACCACCCCCACCAGUUCCCGGACUCGAUUUUGAUAACGGGUCAUCUUCGUCUUCAACAAUUGAAUCAAGUACAAGCACGGCGGUAGAUACUACUGCUGAGUCUACUGCUGAGUCCACUACUGAAUCCACUACUGAGUCCACUACUGAGUCUACUACUGAGUCUACUACUGAGUCUACUACUGAGUCUACUACUGAGUCCACCACUGAGUCCACUACAGAAUCCACUACAGAAUCCACCACUGAGUCCACUACAGAAUCCACCACUGAGUCCACUACAGAAUCCACUACUGAGUCCAACACUGAGUCCACCACUGAGUCCACUACAGAAUCCACUACAGAAUCCACUACUGAGUCUACUGCUGAGUCUACUGCUGAGUCCACCACUGAGUCCACCACUGAAUCCACCACUGAGUCCACCACUGAAUCCACUACAGAAUCCAAUACAGAAUCCACUACAGAAUCCACCACUGAGUCCACCACUGAGUCUACUAUUGAGUUCACUACUGAGCUCACUGCCAAUUCUACUGCUGAGUCCACCACUGAGGCUUCUACUAAUACUUCCACUGGUUCUGUUGCAGAAUCCAUGACUGAGUCUCGUAAUGAUUCUUCUGUAGAGUCUACUACCGAAUCUACUACUGAGUCCACCACUGGUUCUUCCACUGAGUCUACCAAUGAGUCUACUACUGAGUCUACUAAUGAGUCCACCACUGGUUCUUUCACUGAGUCUACCACCGAAUCUACUACUGAGUACACAUCUGAGUACACAUCUGAGUCUUCCGCUGGUUCUUCUGCUGGUUCUAAUGCAGAAUUCACUACUGAGUCUUCCACUGGCUCUUCCACUGACUCCAUACUAGACUCGUCAAGUAUUCUUGCUACUGCUUCUUCCACCGAGUCUACUACUGACGCAAACACUGGCUACACUUUAGAAUCAACGAUUGACUCAAUCACUGAAUCCACUACUGAGUCUACACUGGAAUUUUCUACUUUACUUAAUAGAGAGUCUACUGAUGGAUCAUUGAUAAAGCCUACUGGUGAAUCCACUACUGAGUCUACUGCAGAAUCCUCUACUCGCUUCUCUAGUGAGUCGUCUUUGGCUUCAUCUUUGAUUGCUACAGCUACUCCAACUACUGACUUGUCGUCAUAUUACUCCAUUUCGGUAGUUACUGAAACCGAGUCAAAAUCAGAUCCAGAAUCAGAAUCGCAAUCAACCACUGGUUUACCAUCCGACUCAUCUAGGCAAACUCAAAGUGAAUAUAAUACUGAAUCGUCACACUUAAGUGCGGAUAUUGGGCCGAACGAGUCUAAUUUAACACAGUCAUUCCCAUUGAGCAAUGAAAUUUCAACAACGAAAUCAACACAAAGCACUGACAGCAAGAACAUAAGUCCUGUUUCUAAUACGCUUAUAGAGUCGACUGGUACUCAACAUGAUCUGCAAAAAGUGCAAGCCACUGAUCUGAGCUCAGGUACAGGCGAACGAACAUACACGGAUCAAUUGAGCAUAAAUGGACAAUUAUCCAAUUCUGCUUUUUUAACUUCUUCUCCUCUGAGUACAAAUCAACAUCAAAAUACCCCAACUGAUAAUAAUAAUAAUGGCACUUUGUAUUUAGCUUCACUGAUGGUAACCAUUACCAUUGCAUCUAUUGAAACGCAAACUGCUUACACUAUCAACUCUUGUGACUCAUCGGAGAAAAUUGGAAGUGGAUUGACAAAUGAGCAAGGGUCCAGUCACGUUAGCUUUAAGUCGUUAGACACCUGGAAAACAGAUAAUAAUCAAAUUCUUACCUCAGCAUUAUCAGAAGUGCUGAUGCAACCAUCAACAAUUCCAAGUACAAAGACAAGCAGUAUAACAGUCAAUGGUGGAAACAAUCCAAAACCCAUUUUAUCUAGUACAAUUACUGAAACGUUAGAAACGGAUAAUUCUAAUCCUGAAUAUGAAGCGAAAAGCUUGUUUACAAUCACAUAUGAAGGAACCAAAGUGGCUCUACUGAAACUGUCUGUUGCGACGUCGAUUCAAAAGCCCGAAUUUGUGACAUUUGAGACAUCGGUUAUAACAAAACCAUCUUCAGGUAAUACUCCAAAUAAUCCUUCAAAUGUUUCACAAACUAGUCGAUUUGCCACUCCAAGAAGUUCCGUAAUAACAAAUACACAAUCAAGUUCAGUUACAUUAUCAGCAGAAAAAAUUGGUACUGGUGCUGGUAUUGGCACUAGUACUGGUAUUGGUGCUGGUGUUGGUACUAGUACUGGUGUUGCUACUAGUGCAGGUGUUGGCGCUGGUGUUAGCCCGUCAAGUAUUGGAACAGAAAGUGCUGCAAUUACACUGCAGUUUGGUAUUCCUGUGGUGGCGCCAGAGAAUGUUGUUCCAACAAGCAACAUAGCUUCCAAUGAACAGACAAACGAUGGUGAUGCUAGCGAAACACAAAAGAUUGCAACCACUACUGUUGCAACUGAAUCUACAACCACCAACAUAGGGACCCUACUGGGUACUGUCACAGUUGCUGAUGAGAGCCGAGCAAAUACUUCCAUCAGUGAUGUAUCUACAAUGAUUUCUGCACAAACAGUUGGAGAUUCUUCCAUUAUGUUGCUGUCACCAACAUCAUCAUCAUCAUCAUCAUCUGCCCCUACUGGAGCUGCUGCAGAAGGGGUAUCGUCCAGCACUGUGAUUGUGGCUCCAUCAAAUGAUGGGACCACAACAGUUCUUCACAACAGUAUCGCUAUUACUAUCAUCAUUGGUUUUAUUAAUGUUGCUGUAAUUCUUUAG